AUGUCCAUCACCCUCCCCCCAUCCUACGAAUCCCACCCAACAACCCACAUCAAACUCUCCCACCACCCACCCAACACCCCCUCCCCGACCCCCGUCAUCAUCAUCACCCUCAACCGGCCCGACAAACGCAAUGCCUUCACCUCCACCAUGGCCCAAGAGCUCGAAUGGGCCUUCACAACCCUGGACCGCGAUCCCCGCGUGAAAGUAAUCAUCCUGACCGGCAGCGGAGAUACAUUCUGCGCUGGAGCAGAUCUCGAAAUUGGAUUUAGUGUAGGCGAGAAGGGGAAGGAGAAGUUGAACUUGCGUGAUUAUCGCGAUAGCGGCGGCCGCGUCGCCCUCUCCAUCCACCGAUGCCGCAAGCCCACCAUCGCCGCGAUGCAAGGCUCCGCCGUAGGAGUCGGUAUGACCAUGACUCUUCCUGCUGCUAUUCGAAUCGCCCACACCCCCAGCAAAUACGGCUUCGUCUUCGCCCGCCGCGGCAUCACCAUGGAAUCCUGCUCCAGCUACCUCCUCCCCCGACUAAUCGGGUACUCGCGCGCCAUGUACCUCGUCUCCACGGGUGCAGUGUACCCGCCCACGUCACCGCACUUCGGGGGUCUCUUUGCCGAGACAUUUCCCACCAAGGAAGGGGUUAUGAAGCGGGCGGUGGAGUUGGCGAGUGAGAUGGCUCAGCUGGUGAGUCCGAUGGCUGGGGCGUUGAAUCGGGCGUUGAUGUGGAGGGCGCCGGCGAGUGUCGAGGAGGCGCAUUUGCUGGAGUCGAGGGUUUUGGGUCAUAUGUUUGCUUCUGAGGAUCAGAAGGAGGGUGUUGGGGCGUUCUUUGAGAAGAGGAAGCCCGAGUUCAAGUGUGAUUUGGAUGUGGAUGGGCCGGGGAAUUAUCCUUGGUGGGCGGAGGUGGAUAUUGAUCCGAGGGGGGAGGUUGAGAAUAAGUCAAAGCUGUAA